GCAACCCCUUCCGCGCUUGCUGCAGCUGCAGCUUUCCGCUCAGUGCUCUACCUUCUGGCACAGCAUCACAUUUGUUCACCAUAGAGCUGGGUUGAGCUGAGCUUUCCUUCCCUUCCCUUGAGAGUUCGUUCCUUGCGUGGACAGAUGUCUAUCGAGCCAUUUCCUCUCCUUGUUCCCAGCCUUUGUGAUUCCUCGUCUGCAGAAAACGUUCACGCUCCUGUGACUGGAAUCCAUCCUGUUUGACCACCUGAUCGCCUGCCUCACAGGGUAAAUUGGCUGCCAUGAUGCUUGGGCUACAGGGAAAUGCUGCCAAAGUGUAUCGCUGUGUGGCUUGUUCAGCCACCUUUACUGGAUUGGCCUCAUUGCUAGUACAUCAGGCAACCCAUGCCAGCCCACCCUCCAAGGUCACCUCCCCUCCUCCAACCCAGCCUAACAUCAGCCCACAUGAAACGCCGUUUGCAAGUACAGACUCAUCCAUCGAGCACCUAAGCUCGCCAUCACUCUUGCCUGACAGCCCUACACCUUCUUUCUUUAUUUGUGAUUGUGGAGAGGAAUUUCAGGACUUUGGUCUUAUGCUGGAGCACAAACGUUCACAUAUAUCUCAAAUACAGCUGCUGCAGCCCCUGGAUAGUAACAUUGUUCUCCCCAGUGCAACAGAUUGCAAUAAGGAUUUUCCAACCCAGCAUGUAUCAUUCACUCCUGUAACCCAGUCCAGUUUGGCCCUUGCUUGUCCCUCUACCUCCAAGUCCCCAGCUGUUGAAUUACCUACUUUAACAGCCCAAAAAGCAGAUGUAAGCCUGGAGGACAAUAUUGCCAUAGUAACCGAUCCUCAAGGCCAGUGUGCUCCCCCUGAAAAUGAUAAUGAGGAGCAACUUCAGAACAUGUCAUCCACUGCCGAGCAAAUACCAGAGACUGUGGAGGAAACUAAUUUCGAGGAGAACACAAAUGCUGUCCGCAGCUGUGAAAAAGGAGAGAAUUUGCCCACAAAUAACAUCCUUAUGAAGCUGCUCGCAUCAGCGUACAUGAAACACUUACCCCUUCCUCAGAGUCAGGAUCAGAACGAAAACACAGUUAUCCCGAAGCAGGAAGCUGUACCCGUGGAUAUAACACCAGGAUCAAAAACAGAAGCGGCGCCAAUCAAUGAUCUGUCUAUUGCACAGUUGAGGCGACUCCUCGCAAAACCUGAUAUAAAGACAAAGGCUCCAUCCAUUAGCAGAAUUCUUGAGUCCAGUAAGAAGAGGGUUGUCUCUCUGACUAAGACUUUAUCUCCUGUUGUAGUUCUCGAGACUCGUCAAAAGCUCAUGGAUCCUGUUGGUAACGGAACAUACGGGAAAUACCAGUGUGGCCGCUGUCGUAGGGUUUUUCAGAACCUGGACAGAUUGACAGAGCAUCAUUUUUUACACAAAAAAGAGAGGAUUAAGUGUUGUCGUCGAUGCAAACAGCUGAUCAUUGGGAGACUGCCUUUGCCUGACAAUCAUGUGUGCCCUCAGUUCGGAAACAGGGCUCUACCGCCAUUGAGCGCUUUAAAAUCCAAGUUUCCAUUUGCACAGAAAAUAGUGCCGUUCCACAGUCUCAACAAUGCGAAAAAGGUUUUCUUCUGUCCAAUGUGCAAGCACAGCUAUGCACGGAGGUGGAACCUCAAAACGCACAAGUGCCAAGGUCCAAGGUCAGUCCUCUCUCAGCAGAUCAAUCCCUCAAUACAGAAGAUGCUAGCACUGCAGUCCACUAACAGCAUUGCCAGUGAUGGUGUGGAUGAAGUCAGUGCUGCAUCCCAGAAUUCCAAGAGCAUUGCCGUGGGCACGGAAGUUACUGGCCGUAUCAAGGUAGAGGUAACCUCUCCAAAUGCAGAGCAGUCUGCAGUUUCACAAUUGGCCUGGGCUCGCCCAGCACAGAACUUCUCCCCAUUCUCCCUGAAAUCUCCAGUGAUGGAGCAGCACAAGGAUAAUUCUGUGUGUAGCAUUUCACUCCAGCAAGGAGAAGAAAAUAACUGGGAUGCAGAAGCAGCCAAUAGUGACGGUAGUAACGAAGGGCAGUGGACGAUGCCUUUGGAUGAUGAAACGCAGGUGUUCAGUUCUGCAGAGAAGGGUGUUGAUGAUGAAGCGAAGAACUCCUUUUCAGUCGAACAUGGUCUGCGCUAUUUCGUCCGGGAUGGAGUGAAACGAUACCCGUGCAACAGGUGUCAGAAAACCUACAGCCGUGCUUCAACUUUGAGGCGCCACCUGCGACUCUGUGGUUUCAGGCCACGUGGGUUUGGAGCUAUAGCACAGGGUGGUAGUCAGGGUUUGAUUACACUGAAUGCCAAUAAUAUCAAACCAAUGUUUUCCUGUUUUGUGUGUGGGAAGGCCUUCAACCGCAAAGAUAACAUGAUGGUUCAUAGAAAAAGAUGUCAGUUUCAACGAACCAUGGCAGAUGUGGAAAGAGGGACUGUGCAGACGAGCUUGCCAGGCAAUGGAUCAGCAGAGCCAGCAAGUCAAACCCAGGAGGAUGAUGGAGGAAACUGGGGCAUCAUGUCACUGCCGUCUGUACUUCCAAGGAGGGUGACGUGUGAGUGUGGGGUCGGAUUUACGUCUCCGAGACUUCUCUUGGAGCAUUUGCAGAAGCAUGCUCAAGAAUCGUACACUUGUCCAACUUGUGGAGAAACAGUCAAUUCCUGGGCAGACUAUGAAGUUCAUUUGCAGAUCCACAUGCAUCCUCAUCACCAGUUACUGAAGGGACUACAGCCACAGCGAUCACAACCACUGUUGAUUCGAUUUCAGCAGCAGCAAACUCCGCCGCCGCCGCAGCAACAACAACAACAACAGCAGCAGCAGGUUCAGUCAGUGCACCCUCCUCCACAGAAGCAAUCACACCCAGAGCCACUACCAAAUCCACCAAAGAAGCAGGGGAGGAUUGUGUGCACACGAUGCGGGAAUACUUUUGCAACUCGCUGUUCCCUCCGAAGGCACAUAUCAUGGAAUCGAUGCAAAGGUGCACGGGUUACAAAUCAGUUUGCAAGCCCACCCAAAAGCGUGCACUGUUCCCACUGCAACGCUGACUUUCCGAACACCAUCAGUCUGAUUUUUCACCAGAGGAGCGGUGCCUGCAAGCCUGCCAUCAAGCCUGUCCGCUGUCCUGUUUGCCUCCGCUGGUUUGGUACAGUGGAGAGUUUGCAGAAACACCUGCUGACUCACAAACAGUCUGAAUCAUACCGAUGCGACGUCUGCCAGGGUACGUACCCAAACCUGAAAUCACUCAAAAACCACCGCCGGAGGAUUCAUCGCAUCAUGGCUGGGGACAUAAAUCCAAAAACACAAGAACAGCUUACAUCUUAACAACAUUUUUAAAAAUUGUGUCUGUCUUUGAGAGUGUUGGAUUAAGAAAUGAGCUCUUUUUUAUUAUACUGUGUUCUUUUUGCUUUUUUGUUUUUAAACUUUACAGGAUGUUGUACAGCUACAUAAGGUGUUUGUUUGUUUUUUUUAAAGUGCGAUAGUAGCUUAACCCUCUUUAAAAAUGUUUAAAAAAAAACAAAAAACAGACAUACUACACAUUUUAGUUUUACUAAGUUGAUCCUUAUUUUCCCUGUUCUCAGUAGCCUGUAAAUGAUUGAAUAUUUGAUAACCAAACUUUUAUCAUCGGGUUGGUGCUGUAGCUUGUUGUUGUUCUUGGUGUUAAUAAAGAUACCAGUAUGUGAAACAGAAAA